AUGAAGCGGGAUUAUCCAACGAUCAAAGAGUACGCUGAUGCCCAAAACGAACUCGGCAGUUGUAUGCCUGAAUUUCGUUCAGCUGUUUCUAAAGCAGUUAAAUUCGGUGCGUCAGCAGGUGUGCCGUUUGGAAUUUACGUGGCUUACAGACAUCACGGGUGGAAAUUAAAACCCUUAGCUGGCAAAUCUGUUGCUGUUUGGUUUGCAACAACACUCACGUUUGGUGCUAUUGGAGUGAUGACAGGGACGUAUUGUUGUUUACGGGUCAAUAUGUAA